AUGCCGGGUCUUAUUGGUAUUGGUGAAUUCAUCGAGGAAACUCGAGAGGAUUACAGUUCACCUACAACCUCGACUUUUGUUUCUCGUAUGCCACAAUGUCGUCAAACCAUCAGUGCUUUAGAGGAGACAUUAGAUUUCGACCGAGAUGGCCUAACGAAAUUGAAAAAAGCUAUAAAAGCUAUUCAUAACUCUGGAAAUGCACACGUGGACAAUGAGAUGUACCUAUCACGGGCGCUGGAACGGCUUGGGGGAAAUGCGCUCAGCAAAGACUCCGAGCCAGAUAUCGGCGCAGCAUUCUUCAAGUUUGCUGUUGUCACCAAAGAACUUUCUGCACUCAUGAAAACAUUGAUGCAAAAUAUAAACAACAUCGUCAUGUUUCCAGUCGAUAGUCUUUUAAAAGGCGACCUCCGAGGAGUAAAGGGGGAUUUGAAGAGACCGUUCGACAAAGCCUCGAAAGACUAUGAAUCCAAAUAUCUUAAAAUUGAGAAAGAAAAGAAAUCGCAAGCUAAGGAAGCAGGUUUGAUUCGGAGUGAAGUAACACCAGCGGAAAUAGCCGAUGAAAUGGAGAAAGAGAGAAGAUUGUUCCAGCUGCAAAUGUGUGAGUACCUGAUAAAGUUCAACGAGAUAAAAACAAAGAAGGGAAUCGAAUUGCUGCAACACUUGGUGGAGUACUAUCACGCACAGACGAACUACUUUCAAGAUGGAUUAAAAACGAUUGAACACUUUGGUGUUUAUGUGGCUGACUUAAGCGUGCAAUUACAGAAAAUUAGGCAACAGCAGGACGACGAACGACGGAGGCUACUAGAACUCAGAAGUAUGCUGAGAGCAGCUGCACCACAAGACAGAGAGAUAGCGUCGCAAGUAGGCGGCUACUCUCUUCACCAAAUGCAGGGUGAUAAGCAGCAUGGAGUGAGUCGGAGUGGAUAUUUGCUCAAGAAGUCAGAAGGGAAAGUUCGCCGCGUAUGGCAGAAGCGUCGCUGCCGAGUUACCGCCGAAGGCUUUUUAGACAUAUUCCACGCAGACGAAAAUAAAACUCCAGCAAGAGUCAAUCUCCUAACGUGCCAAAUUAAAGUUGCCGCUGAAGACAAAAGGGCAUUUGAUCUAGUCUCUUAUAAUAGAACGUACCAUUUCCAAGCUGAGGACGAAAAUGAACAACGUGCGUGGACGUCUGUGCUAGUUAACUGCAAAGAAGGUGCUCUGUUGAGGGCGUUUCAUCAACAGGCUGGCGACAAUUCGAAUAACGACUCUGGACAUUCCUUAUUGGACUUGCAACGCUCGAUCAUAAGAGCCGUACGAGCAUUGCCUGGGAAUCAGGUCUGCGCUGACUGCGGCUCCACUAAUGAUCCCACAUGGCUCUCAACAAAUUUCGGAAUAAUUGUGUGUAUUGAGUGUUCUGGUAGUCACCGGGAAUUAGGAGUGCACAUAUCGCGUAUACAAUCCUUAACAUUAGAUCGAUUGAGCACUUCGCAAUUGUUACUCGCAAGGCAUAUGGGGAACCAGAUGUUCAACGAGAUAAUGGAACACACGCUUGAUGAAAGGGACAAGCUGACGCCGGAGAGCACUAUGGAAGAACGUCUCCGGUUUAUUCGUGAGAAAUAUGUUUAUCGAGCGUGGGCGGCGCGUACUUGUUGCGACGCCGCCGAGCGCCUUUCCGAAGUGGAACACGCCGUGAACAACGGACACCUGCAAAACCUGUUACAGGCGUAUGCUGAAGGCGCCGAUCUGGCUGCACCAUUACCUGGCUCGGAUUGCGGAGAAACACCUCUUCACUUAGCCAUAUCCCGAGAACUCGGCGACGGUUCCGCGUUACAUAUAGUCGAUUUUCUAGUCCAAAACGGUGGCUCGCAAGUGUUAGAUAAACAAACCUCUACGGGCAUGACGGCAUUGCACCUGUGCGCCGCCACCGACCGAAGCGAACCUAUGAAACUGUUGCUCAAGGCGGGGGCUGACUCGACGAUCAAGGAUGCCAGUGGACGGACACCCUUGCAAAUCGCGAGACAGUACGGUCAUCAUGCUUGUCAAGAAUUGUUGGAAAGUGUUGAUAAACGCGAGAAGAGUAUAUUUGAGAAUAUUAAUAUCGACUGGAAUUUGUCUCACGACGACGGCUCUACCGAUUUCUCUGAUGAUGAUACUGUCAUCGACGAGAGACAAAACGGCAGCCUGACUCCCGAGAAGAAGUGUCCCCGGUCCCGGCCGCCGUCGUACGCGGGGCUGAGCGCGGCGGGCGCGGCGGAGCGCGGCGCGGGCGACUCGCCCGUGCUGCGCUCGCGCUCCUCCACGUGCGACGAGCUGCACCACGCGCCGCCCACGCCCACCACCCUGCCGCGCAAGCCCAACGUCUACAACAUCGGCAGCCUUAAGAAACGUGUAGCGCCGCUACCGCCGGCUGUGGGUUUGUCGCAUGUGGGUUUGUCACAUACCGGCCACGUACAACAUCCGCCUCCUCACCCUCGCUCGACUCCGUCGCCCUCCGCGGACAGUACUCGAUCACUACACGUGGCGAGUGGAGUAGUAAAACACCGGCCACAACAACCGCCACCGACGCCGCCACCCGCCACACUACACAACGGGGCUCAUCAUAGAGAUGAACCCACACCUCCUCCUAGGAAGGAAUGUUCUAGUCAAGACUCGUCGCUGGAGCUGUGCGACAUAUCGGACGCGUGCGUGGAGGACGUGCGCCUGGGCUCGGCGCUGUCGUGCGACGGCUCGCGCGGGCGGGAGCGCUCGCGCCGCGCCGACAGUCGCUCGCUCGAUGUGUCCGACACCAGCAGUGUUCAUUCGAGGUCACCCUCCGCUUCCAUCACCAUGAUGGGAGGCCUGAGACGGUGUCGCGCUCUCUACGAUUGCUCAGCUGACAACGAAGAUGAACUGUCAUUCCGCGAGGGAGAAGUAAUAGUUGUCAUCAACGAACGUACAGAAGAUGACAACUGGAUGGAGGGACAAGUAGAAGGGACAGGCCGACGCGGCAUGUUCCCCGUCUCUUUCGUUCACAUGCUACCAGACUAA